AUGGGCGUUGGACCGCCUCGUCUAGACAAAUACGACAAGAUUCUCUCACGUCUUUUUGAGAAUCUUGCACUGUUCCAUAUACUCAAAGGCAUUGAUGGCCCUCACAUGGUCACCGCCCAUGCUCCAACUGAUGUUCGAGGUAUCAGACGCAGGUUCCUCAAAAACUUGUGUUUCAUCUGCGAUUAUCGAAAGGGCGGAGACACUACUACUUCAAUUGCUCUAGAAUCCCAGACAAACGAGAUUAUUCUCUGGGUUGCUGCGAACUUCACGCCACACAAUAAAGUCAUCCUGUUCCUGAACGAUAUUCUUCAACAGCUACAAACGGACCCGAAAGGGACCGAGGAAGAACGAGAAAGGCUGAGACAGAAGUUGACAAAGAAAUGCAUUGACUUUGCAGCCCCAAGGCUGAAGAAAGAGUGCAAGCUGUUAUGGCGGGCUACUCGUUAUUGUGAAAAGUAUCUGCAAGAAGAUGCCACAGCUGUCCAAGGAGCUGCCCUUUGUCAAACUGCUUACAAUUCUCGACAUGAUUUUCAGAUGUCAAGCCUUAUUAGGUCUCUGAGUAGCGAACUUGGCGUUGCGCCUCAAGAAACUGCGAUGAACGUCAAGGCAGUCCGACAUUUGAUAGGUCGUCUUGCCGAAAGAAUCCGCAUACCAGCGCUCCUGAUUGAUGAUUUCCUCAAGUUAGGACCACUGUUCAACUCUUAUCAGAUCAAGAAAGUUCAAGCUCCUACCCCAGCAAUUGUUCCACCAGCGGAUGGGCUCAGGAACCUCAACUCGAUCUUGAAAAGGAUACUACAGCCUGGGGAUCCCCGCCUUGAGGAUAUGCAGAGAUAUCUCGCUCGUUUAGAUGGGCCACUAAAACUGGAAGAUGCCAUUAGAUCCAUGUACAGCGAAGAUAACGGCCAAGUGCUUGUACACUCAGAGAUUCAGGUACUAGAAGAAUUUCAUCGUAACCAACGCAGCUUUGUCGGUAGCGAUCGUUACAUAGCAUGCAGUAAGCUUGCAUGUCUAUGCUGCAAAUUCUACUUUAGACACCACCCUGGAAAAUUCGAGGAACCCGAGUCUCAUCAGAAAGCAUACCUGAACUGGAGACCUAUUGAGUUGCCAGGCGGAUGGAAGAAUGAGCACUGGCCGCAUCAGCGUAAAGCCUUGGGGAUGCUUAGCAGUGAGCUGAGUACAGCAGUUGAAAAGCAGAUUGAAACUCAGCAACAGCCUGCCCCAUGGCAACCUGACUCUGUGACGAAUAUCACCGAGACUAUGAGCUCUGCAAGCCUUGGCGAGGUUGAGGCUGACGAAGUCUUGGGAAUUGACGAUGGAUGGAGUGACGAUUCUGCCUCAUUGGCACAAAUACACAAAGAUGAAUCUAGCGAUGAGAACGACGAUAGCGAUAGCGAGUCGGAUGGAGGCGUAGGAUUGGAUGCUUGA